AUGAUGACAUCUAAAGAUGUCUGGAAAUUGGAAACUACCAAAGUGAUAGUGCAGUUCGACGGAGAUAGCGGUCAGCCAAUUGGAGAUUCUGGAGGUUUACUUGGAUCUUGGUUAGGUCAAUUAAGCAAUGAUGUGAAUUUGCUACUCAUUAACUACAGCGAUUGGAGGGUGGUUCCUAAUUACACAAAAAACGGCAUGGGAUGUAAUUCAGAUGCAAGGAUGUCAAAAAACGUCUUUUGGGAUGAACACAAACGAGAUGGUCAGAGUGAAACGUUGCAGAAUCUACCCAAGGGUAUUCCUAUAUAUCAAUGGAGUCACUUCGUUGAGAUGAGGUUCACUGAAAUGUGGAAAUCCAAAUUCUGGUUUGAUGAUCCGAUGAUGAGAAAAGAAUAUGUGAUGAGUGCACUAGGUAGCAGAUGCAAAGAUGUCAAAAAACGUCUUUGGGAUGAACACAAACGAGAUGGUCAGAGUGAAACGUUGCAGAAUCUACCCAAGGGUAUUCCUAUAUAUCAAUGGAGUCACUUCGUUGAGAUGAGGUUCACUGAAAAGUGGAAAAAAAUUAAGACUGGAAAAACACCAUCUCGAGCAGAGUUUUUCAUUGAGACUCGCAGGAAACCUGAUGGUAGCUUUGUAUGUGAGGAGGCGCAAACACAUGCGGAAGCACUUAGAGAGUUGUUGAGUAAAAAUCCACAAGUCACAAGCAAUGUUCCAACUAGUUUGGAUGAUGAGUAUGCUCAGGUGUUUGGUCCAGAGCAUCCAGGACGUGUACGUUGUAUUGGUCGUGGACCCAAUCCUUCAAAAUUACUGAGACGCUCGGUUGUACCUGUAGCAGAGAUAGAAAAUUUUGAAAUGGUUGUUGAACUGAAGGCAGAAGUUAAAGACUUAAGAGAUCAAGUAAAAGCAAUGAAUACGUUUAUCCAACAAAUACUUGGUACUUCAACCGGUGAACAGGCAACUGCAUGGGCUUCAAGUUUUGCUGCAGCUUUUGCGAACAUACAAAAUCCAGGAUUUGCAAACAUACCAGCUGUGCCUAAUCUUCUGGGAAUGGAUGAGAGUGAGAGUGCCGACUGA